AUUAUGCGAGGGCGCUUUCCAAUAAUCCAGUUCCUUACGUUGGAAGCCGCCUCCCCCAACCGAGACACCUCCACUGGCAUCGCCGCCGAGCUGCGGCGACCCCCUCCCAUCCCAUGGGCUGCGUGGGAUCCACCCCGGCCACGAAGGACGCCGGAGCCGAUGUUACUAAGAAAAUCAGGAAGCCCAAGCCCUGGAAGCACCCCCAACCGAUAACAGUAGCCCAGCUCAAGCAGAUGCGUGAUGAGUUUUGGGACACGGCUCCUCACUAUGGUGGUCGGAAAGAAAUUUGGGAUGCGCUUCGAGCUGCAUCAGAAUCUGAAGUAUCUCUUGCGCAAGCUAUUGUGGAAAGUGCAGGCAUAAUUGUUUCUAAUGUUGAUCUGACUCUUUGCUAUGAUGAAAUGGGUGCUAAGUAUGAACUGCCCAAGUAUGUUUUGAGUGAACCAACCAACCUGAUCCGAGACAGCUGAAGGGCAGCCAGCCAGCUGUAGAAAGACCUACUGAUGUAACAAACUGUAAAUGACUUAAGAUGCUGAAUCAGUCCCCUACUUGAGUGCCCUGGUAAUUGGAGCACGCUUGAUGUAAAAGAUCUCAAGCAUGCUUCGGUAACUUUCAGCUUACAGCUUUUCUAUUAUUAGAAGCACACAGUGUUCUUUUCCACUUCUUUCAGUGUUUAGAUAAACUUUUUGUAGCCUUCCCUCUAUUUAUCCUACUGUAAACAUGAGUCUGCUUAGAAAUCUUUGGAGUGAGUUAGAAUGCUGCUUAUAUCGUUCCAUGUGAUAUAACUAUACAAGUAUGGUAUACAUUUCAGAAGAAUGUCACAUCUCAUUCAGUGAAUUCUGUUGCCAA